CGGGCUGGUUGCUAGUGUUAGCAAGACUACCUACAUAUAGCUUAAGCUUUUGGCCAAAGUAUUUUCCUGGGACGCAACAUGGAAAGUCCCCACUCUGUGAACAGUCCAAGAAGAACUCUCCGUCUGUCAAAGCAACGAAGGGCAACUGUGUCCUUUUUGGACCCUGAUGAAAAAACCUCUGGCUUCGGAUUGUCUGGCGAUCAUGGCCCUAAGCCUUCUGAAGUUUAUGGUUUUGUAGGUUCUAUUACCACUGUUGUUGCUACAGUUAUUUUCUUCAUAUGGGCAUAUGUUCCAGAAUCAUGGCUACAAUCUGCUGGCAUCUCGUACUAUCCUAGCAGAUAUUGGGCUUUAGCAGUACCAACAUAUGUGAUGGUGACCAUUAUUUUGAUGUUGGGAUUCUACAUUGGCCUUAACUUUAUUUCAACACCUUCGCCUUCUUCUUUAAACACAAUUUUUGAUGAAUUCAGUAGAGAUCCUUCGAGUAACGAGUGUUCUCUAGAAGAUGAAAAGCCCGUCGAUCCCAUUUCAGAUAUCGGCCUUGACAGAAUCAAUGAUGUUAUGUUGAAUAAUGCAAUGGGUUUGUAUGUUCCAAACGGACAAGAUAAAAGUGUUGGAGGCCAGUCUUACUCCAAGAAAGAAUGCACAUUUCCUAACUCUCUCGUUACUUAUUUACAUUUGCGACGUAAGGGAAACGCUAUUGAACCUGCAUUACGAAGAACUGAAUUCACAACUCUUGGAAGAACACCACCACCGGAUGCCACGGAGAAGAGGCCACCUGUUACUUCGAGUCCUACUCAGAAUCAUCAAAUUCAAAUUAUGAUUUACGCAGCGUGA